GGCUGCUGUUUGGGUGAGAGGUCAGCUACCAGACAGAAUACGUUAAGCGAUUUGGUUUCUCGUCGCGUAUGCUGCAUCCCGGGACAAUGUGACCCUGCUCAGAUCACCUUCAUUAGCUAUCGUAAACCGUUGCAAAGUGGGCCAGUCAACGUGCAAGAUUGACUGAACUAGAAUUCAAGGGAACUGCACCGGGACAGAUAGACAGCACCGGUAUCUGUUAGCUACGGUCUACCCGGCUGCAGCGUUCCACAGCAGCGGGAGCUCCAUCAAGCCAUGCGACAGUGGUGUCUCCCGGCUGCGGCCCCGCGAACGGAACCUCUGCCCUCUGGGCGCCUUUCACCUACGUUAUCAGAUGCCAGGAUGGAGGGUUGCGAGGUGGAGCCGCGCUACACCAUUGAGCAGAUUGACCUCCUCCAGCGCCUUCGCCUGUCAGGGAUGACCAAGCCUCAGAUCAUCCAGGCCUUGGAGUCCCUGGAGCGGUUAGAACCCGACCACCGCCCCGCCUACUGCAAUGACCCUCACCCCGCCAUCCCUGCCAACAACACCACCCUUACCGCAGCUUCUGCCCCAGCCCCUUCCUCCUCCUCCUCUUCCUCCUCCUCUUCCUCCCUCUCCCUGGCCUCUGCAACCACGCAAACCCCUGGGCUCGACGGUGCAUCCCUGUCACCUAGCAACAGCUACGAGGCCUCACCCCCGCCACUGUACCCUCCAGGGGUCGGAGUUCAGCGGUCAUUUAGCUAUGACAUCAUGGCUGAGGAGGACUGGGACUUGGAGGAGAAGGUGGAGGAAUACAUGAGGAGGGACAGUAAUCUGGUGAAGGAGGAGAUCAAGACGUUCCUCAACAACCGCAGGAUAUCACAAGCCAUUGUCGGACAGGUCACAGGCAUAAGUCAGAGUUAUAUUUCCCAGUGGUUGUUGCAGCAGGGCCUGGAGAUGAGCGACACCAAACGCAGAGCAUUCUACCGCUGGUACCUGUUAGAGAGGAACAACCCAGGGCUGAGGUGGAGUGAAAGCCAGCACGGCCCGGCGGCUCUGGGCCCUGGUCUUGGCCAGGGGCCAGGGCAGAACCCGGGCUCGGGACCCAGGACUGUCAGGGGAGGGGACAGAGACCUUGCCGUAGGGACGGCGGGGAACGCAGCCACGGGUGCCACUGCCGCGGCCACCGCCGCCACCACCUGGGGCAGACAGAGAGAGCUGCUGAUGCACCUGCUCCCAUGGUACACAGCGGCGGCGGCACAGCAGGUCCAGCCAGGUGCAACCUUGUCCAUGCGCUCUCUGGUGAAGGAGGAGCCUGACUGGAGGACCGGGGUCAGCCCCGGGGAGAGGGCAGGGGUCGUGGGCGGCCCCUUAAGGCUGCGGAGGGGAAGCAGGUUCACCUGGAGGAAGGAAUGCCAGUCAAUCAUGGAGAAUUUCUUCAUGGAGAACCAGUACCCAGAUGAGGCAAAAAGAGAGGAGAUUGCCAACGCCUGCAACUCCGUUAUCCAGAAACCAGGAUGCAAACUGUCUGAGUUUGAGCGUGUCACAGCGUUGAAGGUGUACAAUUGGUUCGCCAACCGGCGGAAGGAAAUGAAGAGAAGGGCUAACAUCGAGGCAGCCAUUUUGGAGAGUCACGGUAUUGAGGUUCCGAGCCCGAGUUGCCACUCAAAUGGGGAGGAGUUGGAGGUUCACGACUUCGCAGAGCAAGUAAAUCAACGAUUCCUGGACCAGGAUGAGAUCUCCAGGAAGGACCUUGAUCAACAAGACUCCUCAUUGGCUGUCGUCGAGGUCCUUCCCACACCUAGCCCCACCCCUCAGGUUAUGGAACAGAAAACUGACGAAUCGAAAAGGGAGACUGUGGAUGAGGAGUGACAGAUGGGCGAAGUUGUUCAUAAAAGAUCAGAUUUGAAUAUAUAACAGGAUGUAUAAAAAAGAAAAAUGGCCACUGAAUGUCUGUGUUCCCCUAGAGGCCUUCAGGGGCUAUCACAGUCAGACCUAAUAGUUGAAAAGGGUGCUACAGGUCUCUCUGGUGCCUCUAAUGGUAGGGAGGCCACUGUAUGUAUCUACAGUAAUCAUGCUUUAUAGUAAUGGCAAUAUUUAUCUCUGUCUCUAUAUAGUGCAUUCUAAGACAGUCUUAAAAGAAAGAGAACUUCUUACAGGACAUAGGAGUACAUCUCCCACUCUAUAAGCUAAAUGCCUUUAUUUUACAUUUUUCUUUGCUACUUUUGAAAGAUUUUGCGAGUGGUUGUUUAAAUGAACUGGAGUCAUGUGGUUUGUUCUGAGAAUAUUUCAAAACCUGCAGGUCAGGUGUUUUUGAGAAGGUAAGACAGGUGUGUUUGGCUGAAGAAAUAAGGGUGAGGUGGCUUUGUGGGGUUAAUCUUUGGUUUGAUAAUUAUCAUGUCUCCGUAAUAUCAAUGUGAGGAUGCCUUCUGCUGGCUUGAAUGUGUUUGACCUUAUCUUAGUAACCUCAUUAGACUUUGGCCUCAAUCAAUCGAUUGAUUGGUUAAGUAAUCAAUCAACUAGUCCGGUCAGUCAGUGUUAAGAGUCCAACCCUGAGGGAAAAAUGGAAUCUCAGGUAAACCCAAAAAUGGUGGAUAAAGAUGACAAAGAAUGGUCAUAGUGUUACCCGCUUUAAUGCGCUUGUUCAAAAGGAAUGUUUCCUGUAUCAUGUAAUAAUGGUGACUGUUUUCUGCCAAAAUCCCAACUGUAUCUGUAUAUCAAUGUACUGUGUGUGUAUAUCUAUUUUUAAUGUCGGCAAGCAAAGCUAGCCCAGGGCUCCAUCAAUUAGGCUUGACAUUACCUUUAUGUCUUUCUUCGUCCAUUAAUGUUUCAUUGAUCAAAUUUGCACUUUUUUUAAUGCGGUAGUAACUGAGAAUUAUUUGCCCUUCUGUUAUCAACAAAUAUGAACCAGUCAAGUGUAAAAUCCCCCAGAAACCCUGAUAAGCGUGACUAGAGUGAACUACUUUGACAUAAAGUAUGAAAUGUAAUAUCGAUACAGCUGUUAUGUCCCAUAAACAGACUUGAGUUUAGACUCAAGAGUUUGGGUUCCAACAUUUUUCCAGGGGAACAUUAAAACAACAUUAUUGAUGGUGUUAAUCAUAACUUGUAAUGUAUGUAAGUGCUGUGAGCACCGGUCCUUGUUCUAUAAUAAGCUAAUACUUGUAUGUAGCUAUAUGUUCUGGAAACCUCAGUGCUGCACUUCUUCGUAAUGAAUGAACAUGAAAGCAUAUGCUAUA